ACUUAAAACAUCGAUUGACUUCACGAUGAAGAAUUUUUUGCUCAUCGUAUUAUCAAUCGCAUUUUUUGCGAGUAUUUGUGAAGCGACCAAUGCAGAAUGUGAAGAGCUGAAAGAAAAGGAGCUGCAAAUGACUUGCGAGUUCAGUGACUUUGACGCGUAUCGCAAAUGUGUGAAAGAAAGGAAAGAAAUUCGUCGUAAACGAGCAACUAUUUGCCCAAUCACGGGAAAAGUCAUUGACAUCGAUACACUUUCAGCUUCUAACGAUACUGUUCCUCCUAUAAUUCAUACUUUACCUGCUAAUUCAACGAUUUCUGUGCCCUUUACUGUGACGGGCGGAGUUGUUAACGAUACAAAACCUCGUCCUAUUGCCACACCAGUUGAACCUGAAGUGAAUCACAACUGGAUUGUGCAAGGAGAAGACACUCAUUUCACGCAUAAUCGUCGUUAUCACCCGGCAAGUAACGUCACAACGGUAAUAAAGUUGACGAAUCAUAUCAACAAUACGAAUAUUGUGAAUGUGCCAACGCAUAUCAACUCAACAAAUGUGAACAAUAUCACAAUUUACACGAAUUCAAGUGAGAAUUUCGGCGAUUUUGGCUUCGGAGUGACAAAAGAUGGACCCUGUUGUAUGGUUGUGAAGCCACGUACGUGUCAUACGGGCCCAAUGGGUAUUCGUUGUCAUCAUAAACGUCACAAAAUGUGCAGUAUGCAAUGUACUUCGCGGAUUAUGCAUGUGAGGUCGCAUCGUUCGCAUGGAUUUGGAGGUUAUAUUCCGCAACCGACGCCAUCUUGUGUUUACAUGAACCAAUGGCCAUUUGUAAAUUGUGGAAAUCGUAGAAUGAGUUCGUGCGCCGGAUGUUACGAGCAUUAUGGAAGCUCAGCGUAUUAUCCUCCUUCGCCAAAUUGUUAUGGAUGCUAUGACGAAGGCUUUCAAUAUGGACAAAUGUAUCGUCGGGGACCUGUUUUACGUCCUCAUUAUUAUCAUGAACCUCCAAUGUAUUACGAACAAGGAUAUUACCCCCCGCCUGCUUAUGGAUUUAAUCAAUUUUACUCACCUGAAUUUUAUGCUCCGCCGCCGCCAAUGUAUCCAAAUCACUAUGAACCAAUUAUCGUUGAUGAUUCAAUGUCCCGCGAAAAUUCAACUGAAAAGAAGGAAGAAGGCGAUUGGGGAGUCGCGAUGCAAAAAUGUAAAGUAAUAUCCGAUGAUGGAUCAAUUACAAUUGCGAACUGUACAGUUGAGAAUGAUCAUCCAUAUGCUGCAGCUCCAAAUGACUUCAGUUAUCCCGAACCUUAUCCAUAUCCUUCGUUUUAUCCGCAGCCUCAACCUUAUCCGAGAUUGCAUCAUCGACCAACUACUCACAAAAUUGCGCCGUUAAAGAACAAAUCUAAUGAAGUUGUUCCUCGGGAGAUUAAUGUUCAACAAACUGAAGAGAAAGAAACGAUCGUUGAAGCAAAAACUUUUCCCGAAGAUGAUCCUGAUGAAGAGGAAAAGGAAGGAAAUAACAAUGAGGCAGAAGAGCAAAUAACGAAAGAAGAAGAAAAAGAAGAUGAUAACAACGAUGAGAAUUCAGAGGGUGAAAAUCAAGAAGAUUAUGACUAUGAAACUUAAUUAAAAAUUGCAUUUGAUAAAUUGAAAUUUUUAACAAUUUUUUUU